AUGCGCGCUCGUGGGCCCCGCUGGCCGUUCCCUCGGGGCGCAUGGUUCGAUGGGAGGUCGAACGGCGAGCUGUUGGGGUCCGUGGGGCUGGCCGCUGGGGAUCACCUGGAGGUGAAGGUCCGCGACUACGAGGGCCGCGCCCAGGGCCGCGAGCUGCUGCGCGUGGAGAUCGCCUACGCGUUGGGCGAGACCACCGCAGAUGCGGGUUCGGCGGGCGGCCGCUACCUGCGGGCGCAGCACGUGGGGGCCACCGACGGGCACUUCAGCUGGCAUGCCCAGGCCGAGGGCAAGCCUGGCGGGAGGCCCCAGGGCACGCUGUACCACCUCUGCGGCUGCCCACAGGAGGAGUGCACGGCGGGCUGCCCGAUCGGCGCUGGAGGCGUCGAGCAUAUCGACAUCUGGCGGGUGGUCGACCCCUGCGACCUGGAGACGCUGGAGGCGGAGUGCCACCUCGCCCCGCGGGCCGCUGGAGGGCUGCGCGUCGAGUCCUCUGGCUGCCCGACGCCUGGGGCGAGCCAGGCUGGCUCUGGCGACGAGGGCGCCGCACGGCAUGCUGGGAUGCCGCCUGCGCCGCUGCCGCCGCUGCCGGAGCCCCCGCCCCCAGUGACAGAGGGGGCCGAUGGCGGCGAGGGCGAGCCAGCGGCCAAGCGGGCCCGCAAGGAGGAGCCGAGUGCUGCUCUCGGUGGCGCGGCGGCACUCGGCGGGAGCCCGCUCGACGCAGAGGUCGCAGGGCUGGGGCGGGCGCUCGAGGACCCAGCCCUGGGCGGGCGCCUGGCCCAGCUCGGCCAGCGGCUGCGGGGUGGCACGGGCGGCGGCUCGGGGGCCCGAGCGGUCGUCAAGAAUGCUGCUAUGCCUGGCGCUGCUCGGGCACUGGCGCAGCGCGUGCAGGAACACGCGGCCGCGGGGAGUGGCGCUCGAGUCUCUGCUGCGCUUGCUGGACGCGAGAGGCUGGUCGCGAUGCUCACGGCAGCGCUGCUGGGCGGCAAGGAUGGCAGCGAGCUCAGCGGCGAGGGCUCGGGCGUGCUGGAUCGCGACACUUAUCGGGGGGUCAACGUCAGGCGCGAUUUGCUCCAGCAGAUCGCGAAGCAGCGGCCGGGGGCCCUCCUUGAGAACGGGCUGGCGCACCUCAGGAGCCAGUUCACUCAACUGCUCGCCGACCCCAGCCAGGCAGACCCCCUCGGCCCGUGCGUGACGCAGUACCUCAACACGGUGUUCUUCGUGGCACACCCCCCGCGGACGCUCGACGCGGGCGAGGUGCGUGUACUGCGGACGCUGGGCGAGGUGAUCGACGGCUUGCUCCGCGGCCAGGUCGUCGAGGUCAGCGAUUUGUUCAUGCAGGAGUUCAAGGCCAGGACGAUGGCGCUGCGGGAUGGCCAUUGGCGCAGUGCUCGGUGGCUCACACUGAUCCCCAGCGAGAGCCUGCCCGCUGGCGCGCCCCGCGACGAGGAGGCUGCAGCCGAGCGGGCGGAGGCGCGCGAGAUGAAGGUCGCCGAGCUGAAACGCCGCAAGGCCCCAGACCCCGGCAGCGACGCCCGUGGCGGGCUCUGCUGCGGCGCUGCGGAUCCUGGCGAGCCGCGCCCCAGUGGGAGUCAGCAGGGCAGCCCCAGCAAAGCGGAGGACUGCCCCACGCUCGGCGCCAGGAUCUCCAAGGAGGAGCAGCGGCAGCAGGUCGAGGACGAGGAGCUGCUCCAGGCCGCGGGCGCGGCGCAACCCGGACCAAGGAAGCUACUCGCCAGCGCAGGGGGGCCAGGCGGGCGGCCACGGUUCGAGCUAGUCAUGAUGUUCUACGAGGCGGUGCACGGUGCCCCAGGAGAUGUCGGGAGGUUUGUUCGUAGCGCUCCGCCAGUGCAGCGAGCGCGCCGCGCGCGGAUGCGCGAGGUGCUGCCGCUUCCCAUUCCUGACGCUCCUGGAUUUAUGAGGUGCCGUGCAGAGUGGCUUGACCAUGGUACGGUCCCCGAGACUGGCCUGGAUGCUGCAAUCGCUAAGGGCUGGGCAGUGCUGGUCGUGCACUCCCUGAACCACCAAUGUGCUGGGCACGCUAAGGGCAGCCCAGUCCCCACUGGUCCUCUUACGGCUGCGCAGGAGAGCUCGAUGCGUGUCAUUCGCAAGGCUGCCAAGUACUUCGCCACAGACUCCGCGAAGGACUUCCAGGUUCCUGACUGGCAUGAGGUCGCUGCUGCACGUGAUAUCACGUACGGAGGCGAGGAGGUAACGCGGGCCCUGCCGCUCACGCUGGGAGGCGUCAUGCCAGGCCUCCCGCCGAGGGGCGUUGCUGCUUCAGUGCGUGCGCUGGACAUCGCCGACGAGCGUGUGGCUGGGUGGCUGGCUGAUCCCACGUUGGCACUGCUGCCCAAGGCCGAGUGGCCAGAGGAGGUCCCGCGGGCAGCCAUCCAGGCUAGCUCGAAGGCGGAGUGGCAUCGCAUCGGCGCCAAGCAGGUGGAGUUAGGCCUCGCGGUGCCCAUCGCCGAUGACCGGAUCUUCAAGCGGCUCAUCAUCAACAUGGUCCCUGCAAACAGCUACCAGCGGACGAUGCGGGAUGACAUCGGUACCCUCAGCGCCUCGCCGUCGUGGGUUUCGAUUCCACUUCCUGAGGGACAUGUGCUGCUGUGGUCUUCCGACGAUCAGGCAUCAGCAUUCUACUGCUGCGAGUUGCCCGAGGCGUGGCAGCCCUACAUGACCCUGGCUGAGGCGAUCCCCAACGAGCUCAUCGGGGUCAACGGGGCAGGGAAGACGCACAUCGCUUUGCGUGUCAUCCCGAUGGGCUGGAUCAAUGUCCAGGCUGAGCAGCGAGCCGCCUACAAGAGGAGCGGCAUCCGAGUUGCUGAAGGCAAGGCCAAGCACCGCGAGCUCGUCCUGGAGCGCAUGGGUGCUGGACUAAACGGCAUGGUCGGGCGAGUCGGAGUCACAGUUGAGAAGCAGCUCCUGCUCUUAGCGCUCGUGAUGUGGGUGAUGGGCCAGCCUCAGGUCACGGUCAAGGCAAUGCUUGUGGUGCUGGGCCGCUGUGUGCGCGUGGCGGAGUUCCGCCGGCCGUUCAUGGGGUUCCUGAGCGAGUCUUUCACCGGCUUGCGGGCCAAGAUCGACAUGGGGGUGAUAGCCGCGGAUGCGAGCGAACAGGCGGGCGGCAUCUGCUAUUCUGCUGGGCUCACCGCUCGGGGAGUGCAGGCCGCCACUGGCGAAGGAGGACUGUGCGAGGAGGCCGUGCACACCACCUUCGCUGCGCCUCAGAUGAUGCGAUGGCGGCCCCGCGUCACCUUCGUGGAGUUGUUAUCCGGGGCUGCUGCCGCUGCCGUGGCCGCGCAUCGCCUGCCCAUGAGCGUGGCCGCCCACCUCUGCUCGGAGGUAGAGCCGGCAGCGCGACGGCUGGUGCGGCGGCGGUGGCCAGGUGUCAUCGAGCUGGGCAACAUCGAGGCCUUGGACCUUGAGCGCUUCACCCGCAUGCUGGAGGGCUUCAGGCGCGACGCCGACUGGUUCUUCAUUGCUGCAGGGAGUCCGCGCCAGGAUCUCUCAACCCUCAACGUGGUGGGCAAGGGCCUGGAAGGGGACAGGAGCAAGUUAUUAUGUAAGGUCCCUGCCCUCAUCGAAGCCUCCAAACGCGUGUUCGGCACGCGCGUCGAUUGGUUCGUCGAGAACGUGUUCAGCAUGGGCGCCGAGGCGAGGGGCCAGUUCUCGCAGGCGCUGGGCGUCGCGCCUGUGCUGUUAGAGGCGAAGGACUUCACCAGGGUGCGCAGGUCCCGUCUUUUCUGGUGCUCGUGUCCCGCCUGUUGUCACCUUCCGCACGGCACGAGCAUCGUGGUGAAGAGCGAGGGCAUCAGUCAGUAUACCAAGGUUGAGGUCAGCGUGGAGCGCGCCGCUGCUGACCUUUGGCCACUGCCAGGUUGGAGGCUGGACGACCCUGUGGUGGGCCUUCCUUGCUUCACCAGGCCAGUACCACGGCGACACCCGCCGCUGAGGCCUGUCGGCCUGGAGCGUGCCAGCCCCGCUGCGCUGGCGCGCUGGGCCGCAGAUAAGCACCGCUAUCAAGUCAACAAUUAUGAGGAUGCCGUGCUGCUCUGGAGCGCCGAUCGAGCGCAAGGUAGGCCCCCUGUCGCUGAGGAGCGGGGUGUUCCCAUGGGGUUUGAUAGGCGGUACUUUGAAGCAGCCGUCAAGGACAGCGUCCCCUCGGCAGAAAGAGACAUCAUCAUGGAAUGCCUUGUCGGUAAUACGUUAUGUAUCCAGUGCGUCAUGUUCCUUUUCGGCAGCUGGCUGGCUCAAAUUGGAGCUUUGUCCGCUCCGCUGCCCGCCGAGCUGUGUUUGCAAGUUGGCGAGCGGGGGCCCAACUGGAACAUCGACGCCGAUUUCAAGACUCCUGGCUACAGGCACGCUACCGCUGAGCGGGGGCUCAUCGUCGACUUCUUGCGCAUAGCCGAUCGGGGGGGCACGGGCGUCAGGCUUGACUGUGGUGCCCCAUGCCGAGCUCGGGCGUGGCCAAGGUCGGCUCUGCGGACGUCGCUGUGGGCUUGGCGCGUCGCCAAGAGUUUCAGGUGGCAGCGACCAGCUCACAUCUCUGAGUUGGAGCUGGAGGCCGCAGUGGCUGGAGCCAGGUGGCGCUGCAGAGACGUGGCAAAGCACGGCUGCCGCUACCUGCAUCUUCUCGAUGCCCAAGCGGUGGCAGCAGUCUGCACGAAGUGCAGGUCCAGCGCCUGGCGGCUCCAGCCAGGGUUCGGGCGCCUCAAUGCGCUCACGCUUGCGACCAACUGCAACCCGAUGUGCGGCUGCUGCGACACGGACGACAUGCCCGCGGACGUCCCCUCCCGGUGGACAGGGGCGCGCAGCGGCCAAGGCCCCUGCGAGCUGGCGGUCACUCCUCUCGCGCGGAAGCGCUACCAGGAGGCGGUUGACAGCGCCUUUGACUGGUGGGUCGAGCAGAAGCGUGAGGUCCAAUCUGCAGUGCAAACGGACGUGGGCCUGGUUGACUACAUUGAAGGGCGCUGGGCCGCAGGAGGGUCCCUGCUCGACGUCAACUGUGCCAUCGCAGGUAUGUGCCACCACUUCCCCCCGCUCCGCGGUCGACUCCGAGGGAGUUGGUGCCUGGCUUGCACGUGGCAGCGUGCUGAGCCGGCAGGGCGUUCGCUCCCAAUCGCACCGCUCAUCGCACUGGCGUUCUCCGGCGGCUUUCUCGCGGCUGCAUUCCCAGCCGCCGCCAUCCUGCUGGCAGCCUAUGACACGUGCCUCAGGACGGGGGAGAUCAUGGCGCUGCGUUGGCACGACAUCAUUAUUUAUGAGAAUUCAGGUUCAGCCAUGACCAGGCUGCGCGACACCAAGAGCCAGCACCAGACAGGAGCGGGAGAGUUCGUCAUGGUGCGCUCGCAGACAGCAGUGGCGCUGCUACUGAAGGCGCGCGAGCUGGCAGGGACUGCCAGCCGGCGCGAGGAGCCAGCCAUUGGCAUGCCGCCCGCGGCUUUCCAGCGAGUGUUCGCGGAGAUCCGCUCGCGCCUCCAGCUGGAGGACCAGAGGCCCACCCUCUACAGCUGGAGGCGAGGAGGUGCCAGCGCCGACUUCCGCUUCCACGGGUCGAUGGAGACCGCGCUGCUCCGAGGGCGCUGGGCCAGCGUGCGGGCGGCGCGCCUGCGCAUCCAGGGCGCCGUCGCUGAGGCGACG